CUGAACAUCAUGAGCUUCAUAGCUGAGCUGCUCGACUGGUUCGAGGUGAAGAAGCCUGAGUUUGUGCAGCCGGUGACACCCAUCGACCUCACAGAUGUCUCGGGGUUACUGGACUGCACCAGUCCUAUGGGCGGGAACAGAAACAGUGGUUCUCCUGCCUUCAUCUUCAAACAACCCUUUGUACCCAUCAGCUCCCCAGUGUCACCAGAAAAUAAAAGUUGGACAAAGAAACAAAUCAGUCGUCCUCUGUCCGCCGUGACGUUCAGCAUCCCAUUCGGGCUGGACAGUGAUGUAGACAUUGUGAUGGGAAACCCCAUAGAUGCUGUCUUUCGCUCUGUCAGCAACGACAGCCUCUCCACCGGCAUCCCAGCGAUGACCACCUCUGUGCCGGGGAAGCCUUGUGUCCCGUACGGUCCUCCAGAGGAACUGAGCCACCUGGUCAGCGCUUCAGCCCCAUCGCAGCGCUCGUCCUGGGGCCCUUACGCCCACACAACGCCCCUGGGAGAACUGCCCACCAUCGAGGAGGCCCUGCAGGUGGUGCAGACCCCCAAGAAGGGAAGGACACCAGAGAAAAGUGGAAAAGGAGUGUUGGGAUCGAGACCUGAGCCAAGGUUACGUCCUGAAGGAGCCCCGGCUGGUUUCUUCCUGCACUCCCCCGAGGAGGAUCAGCUCAGCAGCUCCGCUCCCUGUCGCUCCGGAGUCCUCCAUCGGCCGGUUGGUGGGGAAGCGGGAGGCAAUGAAAGGCAAGGAAGAGGAGAGAGGAAGGAGAGGUCAGGACGGAGCUCCGAUAUGUCCCGUGAUGACGACUCUGUUCUGCGAGAUGGCAGCGUUGACUCCUCUGAAGCGUCGGAUGACACGCCCAGAAACGCCCCGGGGAACAUGCGACCAGGCGGCGGACGGCAGGGAAACAGCAGCAACAGUCCACACAUGACAAGCUUUGCAGAGCGCCGGGAUCACAGAAGAAGACAGCCUGCUGCUGCUGGAGAGGAGUCAGCCUCUGCUCCAACAACACCAGGGACUCCAAACACACCCUCCACCCCAGCAGGGGCACCGGGACACCAGGACAGCCCCGGCUCCAGAGGCCCUGAACCGGGCUCUGAGGCCUGGGAGUUAGGCGCUCGUCUGGAGGAAAAACGCAAAAGCAUCGAAGCUCAAAAAAGACGCAUCGAAGCCAUCUUUGCCAAGCACAGACAGAGGCUCGGGAAAACUGCCUUUUUGCAACUGAAAAGAGAGCAAGGAGAGGGGGGAGGGGCGGGAGCCGAGGAGGCUAGUCUCACCCUGGAGGAAAGCCUCACUUGUAUGGAGGCGCAACUGAAACAGGAUGAGGAGAGGGAAGAGAAGGAGAAAGAGAAGCCGUCUGCAUCCAACCCUCCUCGGUUAGAGAAGCAGGUCACAUUCUCCAUUGAGAGUAAGAAGGUUCCAGAGAAGGUCGGAGAAGCUGCUUUCGUGGAGUGCAACGAGGUGGUGCAGAAACUGAGUGAAGCUCUGCAGUCUCUACAGAAGGACAUGCAGAAACUCACAGAACAGCAGCAGCAACUCAUGAGCAACCAAAGACCCACAAACACAUCCAGAACCGCGUCCAAGUCUACACCUAGAAGUACCGCCAAAACACCCCCUCACACCCCGACAAAGACACCUCCGAGAACCCCAACCAAGUCUUCUUCGAGGAGCAUCAGCAAGGCCUGGGUGAUCCCUGAUCCCGGUGCUGCCGACUCCCCGUCCCGGCGCUCUCACCUUCUUCCCCUCUCCGCCUCCCCAAAGACUAUCAUGUCGUCCUCCUGCCCGACUCCCCGCACAAAGAUCCAGUCUUCAUCGUCUCACCGCAGCCCGAAGCACCACCCUCGUGCCCAAAAUCCGCCUCACCCAAGACCCUCCGAACUAAAGUUUCCCACAUACAACCGGGCCUUGGCACCGACACAUAACGUGGACACCCUCCCCCAUUUGAGGCGGGUAUCCCCCAGCAAGUAUCAGGAUCAGUCGUCCUCUUCCUUCCGAAUCGGCGGGCCUCGGACGCCUGAAGACUCUCUGCAGGGGGUCCAGCAGCCGCAACACGACGGAAACACCUCGGACACGGCCUCCAGUGAGACCCCGACUCAGUUCAGCAUUGAGCUGGAAGACAUGGAGGAUGUGGGAGGGCUGCCGGUCUUACCUCGACACGACCGACAGACAGGUAGAAGCAGCUCCGGAGCGCCCUCCGAGUGCUCGUUUGAGAGCGAGUCCUUGUCUCUAUCUGCUGCUUUAGGCGGCGCAGGGAAAAGAUGCAGCGUGAUUGAGGCGUCGCGGUCCUCUCUCGGAGGGCCGGAGGGGGGCAGCGACGUGCCGACCGAUGAAGGGCAGGAGUUUUCUUCUGAUUCUAUGAGCGACCACACGGAGUCUGGGGUGGAACCUGCUGGAGGACUCGCUGCUGAACCUCUGGACCCCGUAGAACAGCAGCUGGACCUGGCAGCAGCAGCAGGAGGAGGAGGAGGAGGAGGUGGUCGUUUGCCCGAACAGGAAGCUGAAACUGAAGCAGAACCGACGGAAACUUUGGAAGAAAGUAUUGAGCAGAAUGAGCCCGGGCCGAGAGGAGGGAUCGGAUUCUUCUUUCAGGGAGAUGUGCACAGUGAGGAGGAGAUGGCCCAGCGCAGAGCUCUGCUUCUGGAGAAACAGCAGAGGAGAGCGGAGGAGCUGAGGAAGAGGAGGCAGGAGAACGAGCAGGAGAGGGAGAACAGACCCUCCUCCACCCCCCCGGCAGGCCACACCUCCCCCUCCCCCACUCCUCCAGAUACACCUUUCAGGCGGGGGAACUUCACGAGACUGGAGUACGAUCGGCGGCAUCAGCUCAAGAUCAUGGACAACUUUGACAAAAUGCUCCAGGAGAAGCUGAGCAGUCAUGGCCGAUCCUCCGGGAAGAAGACCAGGUCCCGUCCCCGCAGUAUGACCCGCGAGGAGACCAAGCUGUCUCUGAGUCCGGCCAAGGGAACCACGGGUGCUAAGUUGACCAAAGUCCACUCCAACCCCUCCCUCAACCUGACGGACGAGCCCGGGAACAGAACCCCCCCCAAGAAAGCCCCAAGUCGUCCUGACUCGCCCUUAGUUUGUGUGACUCCGAGUAAACUGGUGAAUCAGAACGGAGACAAAGACGGUGAGACCUCAGCGGCCCCGGAGUACACAGGUCCCAAACUGUUCAAAGAGCCGAGCUUCAAGUCCAACAAGUUCAUCAUCCACAACGCCCUGUCGCGCUGCUGCCUCGCAGGGAAGGUCAACGAGACGCAGAAGAACAAGAUCGUGGAGGAGAUGGAGAAGAGUCCCGCCCACCACUUCCUGAUCCUCUUCAGGGACUCCAGCUGUCAGUUUCGGGGCGUUUACACCCUGAACCCGGACUCUCAGGAUCUGGUUCGUCUGACUGGAGUCGGCCCGCGCUCCGUCAGCUCAGCACAGGUGGAGCACAUCUACAAAUACAGCUCGGACAGGAAGCAGUUCAGCGCCAUCCCCUCCAAGACCAUGGGCAUGAGCGUGGACGCCUUCACCAUCCCUGGCAGCCUGUGGCAGGGAGGAGCAGGAGGAGGAGCAGGAGGAGCAGGAGGAGGAGCAGGAAGUCGCAGGCCCAUUGUCAACAAGAAGGCCGUCACCUCCAAGUGAGACGCUCGGAGAAAAGUGUUUCCAAUUUAUAGGAAGACGAGACGUUAUGCGACAGGACUGCACCAUCUGGGGAUAACGACUAGACGUGAUUAUUUAAAUAAUUGUGCAACUACGAUAUGAUUCUGGAUCUAAUAUGGAUUGAUCAUCUUUAAAACAUUUUCAGGUCUGAGCAAAAAGUCAGACAGUUAAGAAAAUCUAAAUUCUAAUUCAGAGAAAAAAGAAUCUAAAACGUGCUUUGUCAAAAUACUAAAAAGAUCAUCCCAAUUUUGGAACAAAAAUCGGUGAAAAAUAAAAAACAAUUGAGAAAGAAGUCAAAAUUCUGACUUUUUUCUCAAUACUCAAAAAUGAUGAACAGCAGCAGGAGGCGCAGGAAGUGGAAGGGCCAACAAGGAGGCCGUCACCUCCAGGUCAGACACGUGCACCAAGCUUCUAGAUAUGUGGUUUAUAUGCAGGUGAGACGUCAUGUGACACGGCUGCACCAUCUGGGGGGACGACUAGUUGUGAUUAUUUUAAAUAUUUGUGCAACGGCGAUAUGAUUCUAGAUCUAAUGAUGAUUUUUGAAAUGUUAUUCACAGUAUUAUUAAGAAAUGUAUUGACAGGAGAGGAUCAGGGCCACAGGUGAAAAGAUGUUGAGGUCUGACUAAUAGCUAAUUAAAUGUUUAGGUCGGAGAAAAAAGUCAGAAUUCUGAAGAAAUAAAUCGGAAUUUUGAGAGAAAAAAAUUCAAGUUCUUGAAACAAAAUUCGGAGAAAAAAGUCAACAUUUGGAGAAAAAUGUGUCAUGUCACGAUUCACGAAAAAAGAAAUCUGAAUUUUGGGACAAAAGUCAACAUUUGUGAUGUCAGGAAAACGUGUGGCCCUGAUGCUCUUCUGUACUGACUGACCAUGGGGUGAGUUUUUUGUAAAGGAUUUUUGGAUGAAGUCUGUCGAAUAAUCUGCUCCAGGAAACUUCUGAUGUGUUCAUUGAGCCAAACAUCGCCCUCACAGGAUCAGCUGGAGAACUCCAGAAACACAAAACACUAUAAACAUCAUUUCUACGCCCCGUGUUAAUGUGUAUGAAAUGUCGACAGCACACUUUCUGUUGUUAAAUUAAAGCAACACUCACAACAGA